CGCGCCGUUCCUUUUGCCCGAAGCCACAACGUAUGGAAUUCAAAUGAAGGGUUCCAAGCCCUCAAUUUCGUGCGACGCACACUCCCCGAGGCCCUGAUCUGCACCCCUCAGAGAGAUCUGGGUCCCCCUGAGGGGUUGGGUGAACCAGCGCGAGUAGAAAGCGCUUCCAGUUCGUCCAAGUCGCAAAGUCCGAGUCCGACAUUGGCGCGGGAGAGAAGUCCCAAAGGUUUCUAGGCGGAGAGUCCGCCCAUGCAAACGCACACUCACAUGCACGCUCACAGACACACACACAAAUACAGACAAACACACAGACCAAAACACACACACACACACACACAAACACACACACGUUAUCUAAGUGCUUUGGGUGUCUGAAAAGCACUGAAUAAAUGCAAGCCAUUAUUAUUGUUUGUAGUAUUAUAUUAAGUAUCUGUGUCAGUGAUCGGAAAAGAUCUCUCAAAAGUAUUCCUACACGUUUUCCUCAAAACAAACCCUUUCAUUUACGACGUUGGCGGUGGUGACUGUCUGGGUUUAGCAGGAAGUGUUGCCUGCGGUUGGAGCGGCUUCGGAUGGCGUGCGUUCUCAGAGGAACACCGCCAGCCCCCGGGGGCCGACGGGGCGUUGGACCGGCUUGGGCGGGGGGCAGGCGAGACGUUAUCAGCCGUCAUGUGACAUGUGAUCUGGAACAUUUGAUGGCUCGGCCAAUUGCUAAUUAAUAACCCUGUGUUCCUCUUUAAUCCGCAAUCGAAUCAGGUCCAGAAAUCGAAUCAGCUCGUGAUUGUCGUGGGGGGGGGGGGGGGGGGUGGGGGGGAAACGGAUGAGUUAGAGUCCGCUGUCGUUUUUUCCCCACCGUCCCUCCUCCCCGUCCGACGGUCUGACCGUCCGUCCGUCCGUCCGUUCCGUCCCCCCUCAGGGCUUCUUCCGCCGGACCAUCCAGAAGAACCUCCACCCGGCCUACUCCUGCAAGUACGAGGCCCGCUGCGUCAUCGACAAGAUCACCCGCAACCAGUGCCAGCUGUGCCGCUUCAAGAAGUGCAUCGCCGUGGGCAUGGCCAUGGACCUGGUGCUGGACGACUCGAAGCGCGUGGCCAAGCGCCGCCUGAUCGAGGCCAACCGGGAGAAGAGGAAGAAGGAGGAGAUGGUGAAGACGCUGCAGAGCCGGCCCGAGCCCAGCGACAGCGAGUGGGACCUGAUCCACAUGGUGACGGAGGCCCACCGCCACACCAACGCCCAGGGCACCAGCUGGAAGCAGAAGCGCAAGUUCCUGCCGGAGGACAUCGGCCAGGGCCCCAUGGUGCCCACGCCGGACGGGGACAAGGUGGACCUGGAGGCCUUCAGCGAGUUCACCAAGAUCAUCACCCCCGCCAUCACCCGCGUGGUCGACUUCGCCAAGAAGCUGCCCAUGUUCUCCGAGCUGCCCUGCGAGGACCAGAUCAUCCUCCUCAAGGGCUGCUGCAUGGAGAUCAUGUCGCUGCGCGCCGCCGUGCGCUACGACCCCGAGAGCGAGACGCUGACGCUCAGCGGCGAGAUGGCGGUGAAGCGCGAGCAGCUGAAGAACGGCGGGCUGGGCGUGGUCUCGGACGCCAUCUUCGACCUGGGCAAGAGCCUGGCGCAGUUCAACCUGGACGACACGGAGGUGGCGCUGAUGCAGGCCGUGCUGCUCAUGAGCUCCGACCGCUCGGGCCUGACCAGCGUGGAGAAGAUCGAGCAGUGCCAGGAGACCUACCUGCUGGCCUUCGAGCACUACAUCAACAGCCGCAAGCACAGCAUCCCCCACUUCUGGCCCAAGCUGCUGAUGAAGGUGACGGACCUGCGCAUGAUCGGGGCGUGCCACGCCAGCCGCUUCCUCCACAUGAAGGUCGAGUGCCCCAACGAGCUCUUCCCGCCCCUCUUCCUGGAGGUGUUCGAGGACCAGGAGGUGUGACGGCGGCGGCGGCGGCGGAGACCACGACGGAGGGACCCCCCCCCUCCCCCUCCACCCCAUCGCCACGCCGACCGCCCCCCUCCCUCUCCCGCCGCGAGCCGGCCUUCUCCCAUCGGGGAGGUCGGAGAGCCACCGAUCCGAGGAGAGGAGACGGGGGGGGGGGGGGGGGGGGCUGUUUGUUGUCGGGGGGGUGGAUUCUAAAAUAAACCGUGUGUUUGUCUCUGGGGGGGUUGCACAAUAAGCCGUGCCCCCCCCCCACUCUCUCCGAGGCCCUCAGAUGUAAUCACCACACACACACACUCGCACUGUCCCCCAAGAGACACACUGACAAUCUUGCUUGUGAGAUUUUUUUUUCUUUUGGUUCUAUUUUCUGGUGACUUCUUUUGUAAAUACGUGUUACAGUGUCCGCGCGUCUGUCCGCAGAGGGGAACGCUCUGCCCUCUGUUUCCGUUGUGUUCACUGCUGGUCCUAGCUGACACUGUGAAAAACCGUUCCAUGUCAAGAUGUGUGUGUGUGUGUGUGCGCGUGUGCGUGUGUGUGUGUGCUACACAGUAUUGAGGCUGAAACAUGUACGUUUACGGAAGGGCAGCAUUCAGAGCAACACACACGUGCGCACACUCGCAUUUUGUACACACACACACAUACACACACAUUCAUUUACACACACACACACACACACACACACACACACACACACACACACACACACACACAGAACCACAAGUAAACUAGAAGAACAUGCACUGCAUUGUGCAUACUGAGCAUUAUGCAGAGAAGUCAUUACAUAAAGGAUAACCACCAACGGAGCUCUUUAAAGCUGUUCGACGUCCCUCCUCCGCGCGCGCACACACACACACACACACACACACACACACACACACACACACACACACACACACACACACACACACCUCCCACUCAGUGGAACAUGCCGAACUACACAGACUAAUACCUCACAACUGGUUAAGGCCGUUUCUGUCUUUCAAAGUAUUUUUUUGUAAUGAGUUCUUUGGGUGCUUUCGGAUUGUCUUUGUCGUGCAAGCGCCUGGGGGUAACAACAAACAAAUGAAGAAGGAGAGAGUGCCGUUCGACGGACGCACACCCCACAGCACCCUUUUACCCGAGUAUACACACUAUGUAUUUAUAAAGUAUACCUCUCCUGUCAGACAUACCUCUUUUUUUUUCUUUACCUCACAAAUACACAUCCGUACAUAUUCAAACAAUCCAUACUCUGAUACGUUUGGCCGUACUCCAUCGGCGGUUCUUGUUUUUUUAUGGUUUUAUUUUUUAUUUUUAAGUUACCUCUACUUUUGUGUAUUUUUUUUUCUUUAUUUCUGUUCACCGGAUGCCUGUGUCGUCCUCAUUGGCCGCCCUGACCUGUCCGUCACACAGUGAUUCCGCCCAUGAACCUCUGUGGGCUUUCCCCAUUGGCUGCAUUGUGUUUCCAUAUCCCACCUCGAACCAACAUAUUCUACCUCACCUCUCAACUCAGUGCAGCUGUCCCCAAUGUAUAUGAUGCAUGCAUGCACACACACACACACACACACACACACACACACACACACACACACACAGACACACACACCACAUUACACACACAGUACACACACAGUUCACUCAGAAACAACCAACCAACCUUGCAGAGCAGAUAAGUGAGGUGCUUCUCAAUCAAGUGUAAAUACGGUCGUGUGUCAAACCGCUCAACAACAACACAGUCGCUGUACCACACACCUCUCAGUCUGUGUUUCAUCGUUUCUACGACAGGGACAGUGUGUUUCAUAGGCGCACACCUGUCCGUGUCUGUGUUGUAUUGCUUCUACCAUGAGGAACGAUGUGUUUGAUAACCACACCUCACUGGACCAAGAGUCACUUUGGAGUCCCUUUUCAGCUCUGGUUCAGUUCUGAUGAUGAUGAUGAUGAUGAUGAUGAUGACGGGGUGACAUGGACAAGAACCCCGGGGUGUGGUGCCUGCAGGGCGAUGGAUCCGAAGGGGGAACGAUAAGGGGGGAUUUUUGCGGAAAGACCGGACCUUGGACCGGACACCCUCUGUGGCUCAGUGGGCGGGGCCAAAGAACCUCCGAGAGGAGGAGGAGGAGGAGGAAGGACUGACUCUGGGAAGCAGCGAAGAGACGCAGAGAUGGAGCUCGACGACAAAGACAAAGAACUCACUCGAAGAGUUGAACUGUGGAUGGGUUCCGUUGGAGAUCCCUUCCCGCAGCUCCGGGAGGUGCUCUGACGGACUGUCCCGGGACGCGGGGGUCCCACACACUCUCCCCCCUCUGGCACCACUCAGGGGCCACUCAGGGGCCGGUCUGGGGGCGGUCUGGGGCCACUCGCCGGUUGUUUGUUCUGUUGCACUAAAAGGAAACCACAAUGUCUGUAUCCUUGUUGCACCCACCCCCCCCGCCCCCCCCCUCCCCCACCCACCCCCCCCCGCCCCCCCCUCCCCAACCCACCCCCCCUCCCCCCCCAAACACUACUGUUAACACUCUUCUACCCAAGCUCAAUCCAAGUCCAGGACCCUCAACCUCUCCGUCUGUCUUUUGCUUUGCUAAAAGAUGCACACACACACACACACACACACACACACACACACACACACCUUUUGUGUGUCUCUAAUCUCUGGAGACCCACCAGGAUGACGGCAACGCCACCACCACAGUGUGUCAUGCAGGGUAUGAGAGUUGAUUCCGUCAAACACUAUGCAGGGAAACAUACACACACACGCACACAUUCACUCACACACACACACACCGUGGAUUAAGCUACUGCAGGUCUGUACCACCGCCAACCCUAACCCCACCCCCCCCCUCCCGCCUUCGCUCCUGGCCGGCUAUUAACCUCAACCUACCUACCUUGUUUCGUUGUUCCUCUCUCUCUCACGAUCACUGUGACUACAAGCCGUGCUGUAAUGACCGGGGCGGGCUCCACCAGAGGGACUCGAUUUGCUCAGUAUUGUUUCAUUUUGUGCCUCACAAAGGGUUUACGUUCCCGGGUAUACAACAUACACACUGCGCUGCCCAGCUUCGAUCUGAUUGGCUGUUCCGUUUUUUUUGGGAGAAUAUGGUCGUGGAGCUCUUGGGCUUGGGGCUAGCCUCGAAGCUAACGCAUCAAAGCUAUUUGUAAAUCGAUCCAUAAUCCGUCUCAUUUGGUUUGACGCCCGCAAGGUACUUUUUAUGUUUGUUAAAAGUAUAAAAAAAAACGUCGACGAAAAUCAACGACACGGUUAAGCCAAAUCGGAGGAUUCUAGUUAACCUUUCUUACACCAACCGAGUUUUAUACGAAAAAACAUUUUCUAUUUCCUCCUCUUUCGGUUGUCUUUUUUCUAUCGUCCCUUUUUCCAGUACAUUUCGGGUUCCCUUCCAGAAGAGGAGAUCAGAUCAGGGCGGGCAGCGCAGCUUCUCCGGGUGUCUCUCUCUCUCACAGACAAACACAGCCACUUAUUGACUCCUUCUCCUUCUUCUUCUACUUCUACUAAGACUAGAAUAAUCGCACCAGCACCUCCGAGCACACUGCCUUCAAAGCCAUGAUCAGACGCACCAGCAAAAACGAGGGACAGACGAAUCUCAGUGGCCAUCCGCAUGCAGAAGCCAUCAAAUCAAGUCAUCGUGGGGUGGUGGUUGGUGGUACACAACACAACACAACGGAGGAAAAAAUAACAAUAAUCGUGGGAUCACACAACCCAAAAUCAGUUUGUAUUGCUCCUUAUUGUUUUUGCUACAGGGGAGAAUCAAAACGGGAGCAGCGUGUCACAUCACACAUGUGAUCCGCUCGCAGUCCACUCACUACUAUCAUGGACAGACCGACACCCCCCCCCCCCCGCUCCUUCAUAUGUGGUUCCAGAUCCGACACCACAUCUGAUCUCUGGCCAAGGCCACUGCAAUGUAAACAGUCCAGGCGAUAGGUCAGAUCUUUUGCGCACGUAAAAUGUCUGAUAUUAAUGUGCAGAUCUGUAAUGUGAACGCAAAGUGAUCCGACGGUCACCAAGGAACCGCAGAGCAUCGCGUUCAGAGGCCGGCCUCGCAAGGUCCCGGCCUCUUACCUCUUUUGCCAAAACAACAACUGCACACACACACACACACACACAGGCACACACUCUCUCCAUACACACACAAACGCACGCACACACACAGCAGGCAGAACCACGCACAGCUUCUUAUGCAAACUUGCGUUUGCCGAAACAAACCAAACCCGAGUCACUGACGCCACUUUCCCAGGGAAUGCACUUCUUCGUUUCCACGACUCUCUCUUGUACCGCUGUCCAUCCUCUCCAUCCCCACCCCCCCCCCUAGGUGUUUGUGAUUCGUCUUGUGGUUUAGUAGCCAGAACCCUCCCACAACCCGCCUCUUCCUGCCCCCCCCCCCCCCAUCUCCAUAAACGCCGUACCCCCAUAUUGACCCCCAGGCCCAUCCUAGCACUUAGGCGUGGUGGAGGAAUCAAGAGGAGACGGACCCCGAGCGGUCUGUCCACAUGAGGAAUGUAAAAAAAUAAAAUGAUAUAAAUAUGUAUGCAUACAUAUAUAUAUAUCUCUAUAUAUAUAAAUAAAUUGUAUAAUUAAAGAAACAUCGUGAAGUCCAAGAUCCAUAACGUGAUCGGGUUCUGUUUUGUUAAUUAUUUUUGGGGUUUGUUUGUUGUUGUUAUUUUUUUACAUGUCGAUUUUUUUGAACCUAGUUUUUUUGUUACCCUUUUAUCAAAAGCGCGGAUGAUGUUUUUUCAAAUGGACGUCGGGACUCUACAGCCAUACGGAGAAAACUAAACAGAAAAAAAAGUGGGGUUGUGUCGUUGAAAGGUGGAAACAGAAGUCAAGCUUUUUUAUUUUUAUUAUCGUCAUUUUCUAAAAAUGUUGCCUCACUUUAUUGGAGAAAAAAGAACCCAAUGUCUUUGUAAAUGACAAAACGGCUGUGUAUGCACUUUCAGGUCACCCUCGGUGCAUCGUUGGCUACCCCACUCCACCCCUCCCCCUCCCACGAAGCCCCCGCCGGCUCGCAUCGCAACUAUUCAAACGUUCAUCAUCUCUUUGGUGUUCACUGUUGAUUAUAUUUAGUGAUAUGCAAAUGACACUCUGUUACUGAAAUGACGAUGGGGGGGAUAUAGUGAAUGGCUGAAAUGACGACGCAAAGGCAAUGCAUAGGAAUACGUCACUGCAAUCCAACCAUGUCAAGUCAAAUGCGACCAAACCCAGAGUUGUCUGAAUAAAAUCAAUGUCAAUCCU